UGGGUGUGGGAUUGUUUAUAAAUCCUACCAUCCUUCCAUUUCCACUUCAUAUUGUGACUGAAUCUGUUCGCGAUAAAACAAAUAUGAGUACCAUCUCAUGGAAUUUGAUCCUUUUAUCCAUUUUAUUACUCGUCACGGCUGAGGUUGCAAAGCGAUGCCCAGCGCCUCCCCAGUACCCGUCCACCAGACUUCACAACAAAUUAGGCAGCCGAAGCAAGUUUAACAGCGGGGAGAAAGUUUACUACACGUGUGCCGAGGACAUGGUGGCAUACACAGGCAGCCUCUCUGUGAUGUGCGUUAACGGAACAUGGACCACAUUGACACUGAAAUGCGAAAAGAAAUCAUGUGGUAAUGCUGGUGAUUUGACAAAUGGAAGGUUUCACUAUGAAGGGCUUGCUGUCAUUGGGGAAAGAGUCUACGCUAUAUGCAAUGAUGGUUACAUUUUAAAAGGACCUAAGUACAUGACUUGUAAGAAGGCUGGUUGGACUGGUGGAUUCCCUACAUGUGAAGAGGCUGGUACCACCUGCUCCACUCCAGAAGUGGCCAACUCAGUGAGGAUUAGUGAGGAAGAUGUUUCAAUACACCAGGCAGGAGAGAAGGUGACAAUUACCUGCAUUCCAAAUUUCCUGCUAGUUGGCCCUCAGCAGGUCACCUGCGGCCCCUCGGGCCGCUGGGAGCCCAAACUCCCUUACUGUCAGACUUCACCUGCUCGUCAAGGUGGCUGUAGCGUUCCAGCAACUUUGUAUGAGACUCACGCCAACCUCGCCGAAGAGUUCAUCACCAAAACGAUUUUUGGCCCUGGAGAGCGAGUCCGCUACACUUGUGACGUCGGCUACAGCCCAGUAGGUGGCAGCAGAUACCGGCGGUGUAACAGUGGACAAUGGACACCGCUUCUGCUCAAGUGUGAACGAAAGCUGUGUGGCUCUGCUGGGGAGAUUCGAAAUGGACGCUUCAUGUAUACUGGCGUAGAGUUUGGAGACACUGCCACAGCUCAGUGCAACGAAGGGUUUCAUCUUGUUGGUCGUCCAACCAGGACUUGUAGGAGUUUUGGCUGGGAUGGUCAUGCUCCCGUUUGUCAAGUUGUGGAAUGUGAAGAACCUCCUGAGGUGGCCAACGCAGUACCAAAUGGCAGAGAAGAGGCUCCGUACAAGUACAUGAGUGUAAUUGUGUACGAGUGUCACGUGGGGACCGUCCAGGGGAACAAUGCCAUUUGGUGCACAGAGGACGGCACAUGGAGCACACCUCCUACAUGUAAAGAAAUCACAUGUCCAUCUCCAAAAGUGCCCAACGCCUCCUGGACGCGAGCUCACGCCAGACUUUAUCAACACCGGGACGCAAUCACCAUCAGUUGUCGUCACGGUUACACGCUGGUCGGUGCCAGCACAGUCACCUGCGGUGACGACAGUCAGUGGAUUCCCAGCCUUCCCAAAUGUAGACGUGCAUCAUGGCGCACUAAACGGCAGAGCGGAAAUGCUGUCUGAUAUGUGAUGCUAUAUGAGUCAGUCCAGCAUAACAAGAGCAAACAGAGGAUGAAAAAUGACCUUCUCUGCCAGGUUAUAACAGCUUUACACAUAUUAAAC